AUGGCGAAGAGUGGAGAGACGAGGGUGGCGAUAGUCGGAGGAGGGAUCAGCGGCUUGGCGGCGGCGAAGCAGCUCGCGUGGCUGAAGCCGACGGUGUUCGAGGCGACGGAGUCGAUCGGAGGGGUGUGGCGGCACUGUGCGUACCGCACCACGCGGCUGCAGACGCCACGGCCCGACUAUGAGUUCUCUGAUCACCCGUGGGCCGACCGCGCCGACCCGACGUUCCCGACGAGCACAGAAAUACUUGACUACCUCGACGGCUACGCCGACCGGUUCCGGCUUCGGGACUUCAUCAAGCUGAAUUCUAAGGUCGUCGAGAUCAGGUACCUCGGCAGCCCAGAGAAGGAUGCCUUCGCCGCGCAGUGGGGCGGGGACUGCACCGCGCCGCUCCCCGGCCAACCUGUCUGGGAGAUCGGGGUGGUCGCCGGAGAAUCGGGCACUGUUCAGUGGUACAAAUUUGAGUUCAUCGUGAUGUGCAUCGGAAAAUACGGCGAUCUCCCAAAGAUGCCGGUUUUUCCGUGGGGCGGGGGCCCGGAGAUAUUCCAGGGGAAGGUGAUGCAUACAUUGGACUACUGUAAACUGGACGAAGAAGCUACUAAAGAGUUGAUGAGAGGAAAGAAGGUUGUGAUCCUCGGUUACAAGAAAUCGGCGAUCGACCUCGCUGUCGAAUGCGCCGAGGCUAACCAAGGGCCAGAUGGGGAGCCAUGUACAAUGGUGAUAAGGACACUGCAUUGGACAGUUCCCUCCUAUUCUAUUUGGGGCCUACCUUUCUUCUUGUUCUAUUCAACAAGGUUGUCUCAGUUUCUGCAUGAAAGGCCAAACCAAGGAUUGCUUAGAUCUCUUCUUUGCCUCUUCUUGGCCCCAUUGAGGAGGGGCGUGUCCAAGUUCAUCGAAUCAUAUCUCACGUGGAAACUGCCACUAGAGAAGUACGGUUUGAAACCGGACCAUCCCUUCGACGAGGACUAUGCGUCAUGUCAAAUGGCCAUAUUACCGGAAAACUUCUUCGCCGAGGCCGAUCGAGGCCUGAUCCGGUUCGAGAAGUCAUCCAGGUGGUGCUUCUGGGAGAAGGGUGUUGUGUUGGACGACGGCACCAAGCUGGAAGCCGACAUCGUCUUCCUGGCCACCGGUUUCGACGGCAAGAAGAAGCUCAGAUCGGUGCUUCCCGAGCCGUUCCGCGGGCUGAUCGAGGAUUCCAACGGUGUCAUGCCUCUCUAUAGGGGCACGAUCCACCCUCUGAUUCCGCACAUGGCGUUCAUCGGGUACAUCGAGAGCGUGUCGAACCUCCACACGUCGGAGCUGCGGUGCAAGUGGCUGGCGAGGCUGCUGGGGGGGCGGUUCGAGCUGCCGACCGUGGAGGGGAUGGUCAGGCAGACGAACGAGGAGACGGAGGUCAUGAAGCGCACGACGCGGUUCUACCGCCGCCACUGCAUUUCGACGUUCAGCAUCGACCACAGCGACGAAAUCUGCGCGGAGAUGGGGUGGAAGCCAUGGAGGAAGGGCAACUGGCUAUCUGAAAUCUUUAGCCCUUACAGUAACCAGGACUAUAAAGCAGAUAAAAGUGACUAAUUAUAUAUAUAUAUAUUCUUAUGGAUACAUAGUUAAGUUUUUGUUUUGUUUCUCAGUUAAGGAGAGUUUCUCUGAUUAUUUGUAUGUGUUGAUGGGGCUGUUUGAUUGGUUAUGAGGUUAUGAAGCAUUGGUUAAUUGGUAAGAGGGUUAUUCACAUAUAUGUGAACUAAAAAGAGUUUUGCUGUAGCUGUUGUCACAAGGUGAAUAGUUUGCAGUGUUAUGCUGCACUAUGAGAGUCAAUCCAAAGUUGUGAAAUAAAGUUGUAUUGUAAUGUAAUUAGUACUCAUUUGGAAUAAAAGCAAUGAGAAAAUCUAUACUGUUCAUUUAUAGUUCAUGCCUUUUUACCAGAAGUAGAAAAAAAAGGGAAAUAACUUUUAAUGAUGGAUUCUUUCAUUUUAUAGCUGCAAACAUAGAAGAGAAUUACUUUGCUCUGAAAAAUAUCAGCUCUUUAUUAUCAGAAAAAGGUUUGGAUGAUCAAAUAUGCGCGGCGGUGCAGAAGUUAUAUAAUCUUGGAGAAGAAAAUGAGAUGGCCGACUUGAUGUAUCGAAGAAAUUGGACUAGUUUUUGAAUCGAUAAUCGCGAGCUGAGG